CGUUGUAUUGUCAAGCACUCGCGCGGGAGAAACGGAAACAAAUGAAAGGAAGUAUCAACAGUGGCCAGGCAUUCCGACUUGUCACUGAAAUGGAAGAUGACUUUAGUGAAUCCCUUACACCGCCUGUGUCGCCUUUUGCCGGAGAGAGCCUCUAUGCUUCAGUCCACGACCAGCCUCCAUACUUUAGCUGUGCGUCAACGUUAGAUCUGAGCCGAGACGAAACAAAAACACUUUCCUCAGAGGGAUACGUUAGUCGGGGAGCCCUGAAGAGGCUACUCCUGAAACUCGAUCCUGCUCCGGGGGACUUUGAGACAGACACUGUUGACAUAUUUGGUUUUUCUUGGGUGACAGAAACAGCUCUGGUGGAAUCCACUAAACUUCUAUUUGGCUUAUUUAGGCAAAAAGUUCUUAAACUGGAAAGCCUGGUACAGUCCAGCUCCCAUGACUUUGGUCAAGCCAGUGGCCUACAUUAUGAAGCAGAAGACCUCAGACAGCAGUGUGUCCUGUUCCUCCAGUAUGUGAAAGUAUUCAUAAGCAGAUUCCUGGAUGCACCACAGGGCCUUGAUGAGGGACCCCUUCACCCAUAUGAAGAACUAGAGGCUCAGCUCCCCUCCUCAUUGGUUGAGGAGCUGUUUGGAAUCACACUCUUGAUCGGCCGUCUCAAAGACCUCCCAGCCAAUGUCCAGAGUGCCUUCACCAUACAACACCAUGGCAAGCUGUUUCCUCCAUCCUGGCACCUGCUGCACCUCCACCUGGACGUCCACUGGUCUGUGCUGGAGAUCCUACACCUGCUGGGCCAGAGGACGAUGGGUCAGGUGGUGUACGCGCACCAGUUUGUGAACCUGACAGGGGAGAACAUCACCAACGUCAGCCUCUUUGAGGAGCACCUCAACAGCCUGCUCUGUGAUCUCAUCGGCCUGGCCCUGAACAAAUACAGCAAGGUAAGGCCCACUGAGGCCCUGUCCAGCCACCACUACUACUGCCUCUGCACUAAAGAGCUCUGGGUCCUCCUCAUCCACCUUCUAGAGCACAGGAGCAAGACAACACACACUCCUUCGUUCUGGGGCUACGUGACUCCGCUUCUGCAGAGUCUCCUGAAGGGGACGCCAGCGGCGGAGCAGCGCCUUCCCAGCACCUGCAAAGACCCACUGGGCUUCACCUGGUGGCUGGUCACACACCUGGCUCAGGUGGGCCAGUACAGCCGAAACGGCUCGCUUCAUACUGAGAAACAGUUCCAACUCGAACACAACUGGAGUUUUGUGUGUGAGCUGCUGAAGUCAACCUGUGAUCCAAAGGGGAGUGUUCAGGAGGAACAGAUCCGGAUGCAUGUGCAUUGCUGCCUGAGUUUAACCAUGCUGUGGGAGCCCAACACCAGUGCGGUGACGACCCUCUGGGAGUACUACAGCAAGAAUCUGAACGCAUCCUUCGCCGUGCCCUGGUUGGGUGUGAGCGGCCUGGGCAGUGUGGGCCGCGGCCCCCUGUCGCUGCUGGAGCUGGCGCAAGCCUGCUGCUCUCCGGCGCCGCUGGGCUCGGCCGCUCACACGCAGCUCUACCGCGCCUGCAGCUCCUUCGCCAUCUUCCUGCGCGUGCUCGCCCUGCACCUCGGCCAGGAAAACGCAGGUGGAGCCCCCUGGAGACAGAUCAAGGGCAGGAUCUACUCUAAGUUCCACCAGAGGCGCAUGGCGGAGCUGUCUGAGUUGGGCUUGAUGAACUUCCUGCUCCUCUUCCUGGUUCUGGCCCGCAGCGCCGAGCUGGAGGACGCGUCAGGCCGGGCCUUCGACCUCAUGGCGCUGCUCCCGGCGGGCACCAUGCCCCCGGCGCACCGGGCCCUGCUAUGGCGCGGCCAGCUGGCACUGCUGCUGCUGUACGUGGGCCGCGGACUGGACGCUGGCGCCCACGCCGACCGCCUCGCCACUUCCUUCACCCAGGUGGCGCGGGAGUUCUACCUGAAGACCACCGAGCCGUCACGCAAGCUGGCGCUGUGGCAGCCACUGGGGGCAUACCUGGAUGGCGUGACCGAGGUGCUGGAGACCAGCGGGCACCUUUGCCAGGCCGAGGAGAGGCUGCUCAACGAGGGCUUCACCAUGCUGCUGCCCGCCUGCAGGCAGUCCGAGCUGGCGUCCACGCUGGGCUUCCUACAGACCGCACUGGCACAGCUGAGGCGCGUUCACCAGCGCUGUUCUCAGGCCCCAUCCUCUGGCCCUUCAUCCUCCUCUGGCUGGACGCCUCCUCCCUCGCUGGCUAAAGAGCGCCACCUAGCGGUGGCCUCUGCACUCUGGACUCACUUCUUCCCUUUCCUGCGCAGCCUGCGCCUCUCUCAGACACCUCCGCCACAGCUGGCUGACGCCGCCGCAGGGUUUACCGUCCUUGCGUUGGACAUGCCUGGCUCUGCCCCUCAGGAACUCCAGCCCCACCCAGUCCAGUCCAUCAUGCACAGCUUCGGCUGGGACGAGAUGCUCCACCCCCUACUAGUCAGCCGAUUCCUCAACCACCUGCUACAGAACAGUGAGGUGGUGGCGAGUGUGAGCUCGGCUCAGGGAGUGUGUGUACGUGCCUGGAUCAGGUGUGUGCUGCAGCAGUACCUGCACAAGAACACGGAUGGCACGGAAAGCAGAACAGGCAGGACUCUUGAUGAGCAGCUGUGUGAGUUGACCAGGCUUGUGCUGAGGCUGCCGGAGGUGGAGUCUGUGCUGCAGAGAGCAGGGCUGCAGCCCUCUGCUGUUAAACCUGAGCCCAAACCAGCACUCGCCGUCUUCAUUAAGGCAGUGGGCAGGGUGUAUUCAGGCCUGCAGCUGUUAUCCGAGCGCACAUCCAUGGUGGCGCGGGCUCUGGACUACGUUGGCGACAUCCUCAAGUACAUCAAGCCCUACCAGCUGAACAAGAGCCAGGAGGGCCUCCAGCUGUCCUACUGGGCAGUAGGCUGUCUGGUGAAGCACUGGAGCCCCCUGCUGGCCACCUCUAAAGCUCAGCAGCUGCUCUUCCGCAUCGUCGACUCCCUGCUGCUCCCCCAUUCGCUUUUCCAGCAGGACCCCCCCACACAGGUGCUGUCUGCGCUGAAGGAGAGCCUGCCGCUCUACCUGCAGGGUCUUUCAGUGGCAGUGGGCGUGUCCCAGUCUCAGGGGGCGCAUCUUAAACAGCAGCUGCGCAACGUCAUCAGCCAAUACCUGAGCCGUUUCCUCCCGGCCGCGCCGUCGAUGGGCGCAGUGGCCAAUCACCCGGUCCUGCUGGCUGCCUGUGAGGCCACACCCACGCCCAGAGGGGUGGGACUGAGGCGGAACAUCCUUCAAGUGAUCAGCGACAGUUUCCUGCAGUUCAAAGGCCACGCCCCUCCUCCCCGACUGGCGGCCGUCCUUGCCUUCCUGUUGGAGCUGCUGAGGCGGAGCCCAGACACAGAGCCCGCCCUGCUGUCCCUCCCCCUGCCCGCCCUCCUGCGCUGCCUCAUGCUGGUCAACGAGCCUCAAGUGAGGCGGUUGAGUACUGAGGCUGUUCAGCUGGUGGUGGGGAGAUGUGGCUCCUCGUCUGCUCAAGGCCCUUGCGACCAGACCGUCUCCAUUCUCAGGACCUUUGUGGAGGAGAAUGAGGGUGUAUACGACCAGCAGAUGUAUGGCGUUCUAGAAGCCAUAUCGCUUGUAGACCGGAGUUCCGUGGAGGUUCUAAUUCCAGUUCUGUCAUUAAGCCUGAGGAACUUGGAACAGAAGAGAGGCCUGGGGAAAAACACCUCACUACGAAAUGCCUACAAGAGGUUGCUAUGCCAACUGGGAGAGAGUGGCCAAGCUGAGAGGGUCUGCUUGGAUGCCGAAUGAUGUCCUGACCUUUGAACUUUCACACUGCCGGUCAUCACAGUUCCCUCGGGAAAAAGGUGGAGUGACACCUCUACUGUCAGUACACUACACCUCCACCCUACUCCUCCUCUGGGGGGACUGCUGCUGCUUGGGGGAAUGUAUAUUUUUGGUCCUCAAACAGUCUCUAGUGACUGUUGUACAUAUGACAUGAUGAGACAUGAUGUACAAAUAUUUUACAUAUUUAAGCAUUUCGUCCUGCAUAUCAAUAUCAUGAAAGUCACACUAGUGUAACUGUCUUUCUCUGACCAACACACAGCUUCAUGUGUCCAUGCAGUUUGGUGUGUGUGCGUAUGUUUAAUGUAUAUAAUGUAUAGCUGCUGUACAGUCUAUUGAAAUAUUAUGUUUGUAAAGAGUGUCAAAAUAAAGCAAAACAAUAUGUUUGAGUCAUA